AUGAACACUUUCCCAAGAAUUUAAUAUGGUUAUGUUGGCAUGGAUUUUCUUUGAGAUCCAUACCACAGCACUUCUGCUAGGAGAAGCUUGUGGUUCUUGAUCUAUCCAAAAGUAGUCUAAUUGAUUCUUGGAAAGACAAAUUGGUAUGUAUCUAGUCUCUCUCUAUAUAGCUAUACCUCCUAUUUUCGAUUGAUAACCACUGCAUGUAAUUAUUUUCACGAUCUCUUCCAAAUUUAAAAGUUCUUGAUUUGCAUAGCUCGCAUGACCUCAUCAGAACCCGAUUCUCAGGAUCCCCAGGCCUAGAAAAGAUAAUACUUGAAAACCGCAUCUAUUUAGUCCAGAUUCAUGAAUCUAUUGGUGAUUUACUUUGUCUCCUAAUAUUAAAUAUGAAGAAUUGUAAAAGUCUUGUGGAACUUCCAAAAGAAAUGAGUAGAUUGAAUUCACUUGAAGAGCUUGUUUUAUGUGGUUGCUCAAAACUUGAGAGCUUGAAUAUGGAUUUAUAGCAUCAUCAGGGACGCAGGUUGCAUCAAAGUGAUAGAAUUGUUGCAAGCACAUCUUACAUUACAUCUUUUUUAUUGAAGCUAUUCUUUCCCUCCAGGUUUUCAGAAAUGAAAAAUUCUAGAUUUACCUCGUUCACAUUGCCACACUCUAGAUUUAACUCCAAUUUGUUUUCUUCCACUAAGCAUUAAGGACAUUGGUACACUCAAUUACCUUUCAUUAGCGGAAUGAAAAAUGCUUCAAACACUCCUAGAGAUUCCAUCCAGUUUGGUUGGGUUAGACGUGUCCUAUUGUUAUUCGCUGCAAAGAAUUGCAAAUCUGAUCCCUUUUACCAUAGCUCGUGAUUGUGAUCAGUUAGUUCACAUCCAAGAUUGGAUUAAGCUAGAAUUAAUCCAAAAGGUUGACUCACACUUGUUGAGAAUAAUGGAAAUGGUCAGCGUUCAAAUGCAGACAUGGAGAUUUCAGAUAGAACUUCAGGGCAACAGAUUCAAUGUUGUCCUUGAAUAUGAUGAAAAUGAGAUGUUGGAGUUUUAUGAGGAGGAAGGGCUAAUUCAGAAAGAGUUUGAAGAGCACUUGUCAUUCAAAAUAUCCUUACCUGCUAGACACCGGAUAUGUGGCUUUAAUCUAUUCACAUGGUUUUCUGCUACGCUAGUAUCCAAUCCGUAUCUUCAUGUUUAUCUUGAAAUCCUGAACAAUACCAAGGAUGAUCCGGUUGUUCAAAUAAAGAGGGUUGGUGUACGAAUGUUGCAUGAAGAGGAAGGAACUGAUGAUGAUAGCAGCUCAUCAAACACUAGUGAUGAUGUACAUGUAGCAGCUAAAGCAGAAAUAGCUUCUCAUAUUUUUAGAAAUUAUUAUUGCAGUGACUGUUAUGAUUUUGGUAACGAAAUUAUUAUGUGUUUUUUUGAAAAGAAAUUAAAUGUGAAAAUAAUGAUGGGUUGAGUUGAA